CGACUCCUCCCUCAAGGGCGCGGACAAACGGGGCCCAAAAUGGCGGCCAGCCGCUACCGGCGUUUCCUUAAGCUGUGUGAGGAAUGGCCAGUGGACGAGACCAAACGGGGCCGGGACUUGGGCGCUUACCUGCGGCAGCGGGUGGCACAGGCCUUUCGGGAGGGAGAGAACACCCAGAUUGCAGAGCCUGAGGCCUGUGAUCAGAUGUAUGAGAGCCUAGCACGACUCCAUUCAAACUAUUACAAACACAAGUACCCUCGCCCCAGAGACACGAGCUUCAGUGGCCUGUCCGUGGAAGAAUACAAGCUGAUCCUGUCCACAGACACCUUGGAAGAGUUUAAGGAAAUGAAUAAAGGCAUGUGGAAGAAGCUGCAGGAGAAGUUUGCCCCCAGGAAUCCCGAGGAGAAGCAGAAGGCCUGGGCUCGGUCCUUAUCUCGCCCGCGCACCUAAGAGUGGAGUCUUGAGCUCCUGGGGGAGAGCCAAAAAUAGCGGUAAAUAUUGAAGAAGGCAUCCUGUUGCAAACAGAGAGCAGCAGGAGGUGGUGUGGCGGAGAGAUGAGAAGAGACUGCUUGGCCCUCAUUCCCACUGACUCAGAAGGACGGAGCCCAGUCCUCUGCCCCUGACCUUGCAGAAAACCCGUGUUCCAGGUUGGCUUAAGGUCCUGAGUAGAGCUACGGACGGGCCUUGGCCAGGCGGGGCCUCGGGUUGCAGUCGGCUUCAGCACGCUGCGCGGGUUGUGUGGGAGGUCACGGGACGAAAGCCCCCUGGCCAGGGCCACACACAGGGUCACCUUCUUAUUCCCUGGAACCUUAGCUCUUUUGUAAAUGUUCAUGUUCCCCACUUGAGCUUUCUUCCAGCAAGCGCAGAACCGAGAGAAGGGGUGGGUAGGGCAGGGGCUGACGGCACCCCUUGUGGGGAAGAAGCGAAUGUGAGCUCUUAACCUCAUCUGUACCUGGACUCCUCAGUAUGUGUUGAAGUACAUACAAUAAAACAGAAACCACUUCUGUC